AGUUCGUUGGUGGCAGGCUACUCUUCUCUCUUCGAGGUCCCUGACUCAGUGUCUAAUGGAGCUUUCUUACCAGACUCUCAAACUCACGCACCAGGCGCGGGAGGCGUACGAGAUGAGAACAGAAGCACGAAGAAAAAAUCUUCUCAUUUUGAUUUUGCAUUACUUAACACAAGAAGGCUAUAUGGAUGCAGCUAACGCUUUGGAGGAGGAGACAAAGCUGGGAUUACGGCGCUUUGAAGUCUGUGACAACGUUGACCUAGAAACUAUUUUGAUGGAAUACGAGAGCUAUUAUUUUGUAAAAUUCCAGAAGUAUCCCAAAGUGGUUAAGAAGGCACCAGACUCAGUAGAAAAUAAUUUACCAUCACGAAGUGGAGGGAAGAACAAAAGGUUGACGAAUGACAAUUGUCAAAAUCUCCCCAAGAUAUAUCACCAGAAGUCACGACCCAAAACUACAGCAGUGAAGACAGGGGACACCAAAUCUGUCAAGGAACACCCUAAACAGGAGAGUGUCACUAAUGCUCAAGCAGAGAGCACUGACUUCGGCCUAAACAUAUCAAAAAUCUACAAAGACCACCCAGAGGAAAAGGCCCACCCACGGAGAGGCCAAAUCAUUGACUUCCGAGGACUGCUCACAGACGCUAUCAAAGGAGCCUCCAGUGAAUUUGCCUUGAACACCUUUGAAUGUAACCCAGACCCUUCAGAGCGGCUGUUGAAACCUCUGAGUGCAUUUAUUGGCAUGAACAGUGAGAUGCGAGAACUGGCAGCGGUGGUGAGCAGGGACAUUUAUCUCCAUAAUCCCAACAUAAAGUGGAAUGACAUUAUUGGACUGGAUGCAGCCAAGCAGCUCGUCAAAGAAGCCGUCGUGUACCCAAUAAGGUACCCACAGCUGUUCACAGGAAUUCUUUCCCCGUGGAAAGGACUACUGCUGUACGGCCCCCCAGGCACAGGGAAGACUCUGCUGGCCAAAGCAGUGGCCACCGAGUGCAAAACGACCUUCUUUAACAUUUCGGCAUCCACCAUUGUCAGCAAGUGGAGAGGAGAUUCCGAAAAACUGGUCCGGGUGCUAUUUGAACUUGCUCGAUAUCACGCCCCCUCCACGAUCUUCCUGGACGAGCUGGAGUCCGUGAUGAGUCAGAGAGGCAUGGUUCCUGGGGGAGAACAUGAAGGGAGCCUUCGGAUGAAGACGGAGUUGCUGGUGCAGAUGGAUGGCUUAGCACGCUCGGAGGAUCUCGUGUUUGUCUUAGCAGCCUCGAACCUGCCGUGGGAGCUAGACUGUGCCAUGUUACGGCGCCUGGAGAAGAGGAUUCUGGUUGGUCUCCCCAGCCGAGAGGCCAGACAGGCGAUGAUCUACCACUGGCUGCCCCCUGUAAGCAAGAACCACGCCCUGGAGCUGCACACAGAGCUGGAAUACAGCGUGUUGAGCCAGGAAACAGAGGGCUACUCGGGCUCCGACAUUAAGCUAGUCUGCAGGGAGGCAGCCAUGAGGCCUGUGCGAAAGAUCUUCAAUGUGCUUGAAAACUACCAGCCAGAGAGCAACAAUUUACCUGGGAUCCAGCUGGAUACCGUGACCACAGAGGACUUUUUGGAUGUGUUGGCUCACACCAAGCCUUCAGCAAAGAAUCUGACUGAGAGAUACUUAGCCUGGCAAGAGAAGUUUGAGUCUGUAUAAAGCUGUGCCCAGCCUGACCUGGCUUGAGGCAGCCAAGAGCCUCCCCAGUGUGACUGCGAUGAAGGGAGGAAAUUAUCCUUGAAAGCAGGACUAAUUUGGACAACCGUGUUACUUUGGAAACAUGAGCUCUUGUGUCAUGGAUGUCAGCAUGGAGAUUUCAGUCGUGAGUGUGUGCUGUUAGGUCAGGCAAUAGAGGUUUUUCUCCCAAUUCAACUAUAAAAUUUUAAAGAAGUUUCCUUUGUUUCUCCUCAUUUGUGAAAUGAGAUCUUCAUUUUGAAAAAACAUGUUCUUAGUCUCUAUUUUAAUUUUUCUUUCUUUUUUAAAUUUUUUCCUUCCUUCCUUCCUUCCUUUCUUUUCUUUCUUUUCAGGUUUCUCUGUGUAGCCCUAGCUGUCCUGGAACUUACUCUGUAGACCAGGCUGGCAUUAAACUCAGAAAUCUGCUUGCCUCUGCCUCCCAAGUGCUGGGAUUAAAGGUGUGCGCCACCACUGCCUGGCCCUAUUCUUAAUUUCUUUCUUGUAAUACAUUCUCAAACUUGUCAGAUAUCAUCAGUAUCCUCUCCCCUCUCCCUCCUCACUUCUUUCCUUCCUUCCUUCCUUCUUUCCUUUCUUCCCCUUCCUUCCUUCCUUCCUUCCUUCCUUCCUUCCUUCCUUCCUUCCUUCCUUCCUUCCUUCCUUCCUUCCUUCCUUCCUUCCUUCCAAGACAAGUUCUCAUUGUGUAGUGCCUGCUGGCCUGGAACUCACAUUGUAGACCAGGCUGACCUUGAUUUCACAAAGAUCCACCUGCCUCUUCGGGGGUUAAAAGUGCUGCCCUAACACGGCUGGCUGUAUGCCUUUCUAACAGGCUGAAUGCUCCAUGUAACACUGAUCUCCCCACUGCCUGCUUCAGGGAAAGCAGACAGCCACAAAACCAUAUCCACCCCCUUUCAGUUCACCUCACCCUAGCUGACCACCAUGAUCACUGUCAUGCGUACUGUCCUCAAGGCCUUAACUGCUGCUUUCCCAGACGAUGAAGGGAAACCUCCAUUCCUGCCAGAUGCUCGGGGCUCUGGAGUCCAGCCAGUGUGUCAGCUAAUUUUCAGCCACUUGGCUUUCAGCCCUGCCUUACAUUCCCUCUACACUGUCCCUCAAGGUUCUUGGAGGGUUCUGAAGGCUAGAGUACAUGUGUAGCUUGCCUGGUUUAGUUAGUAGGUACCCCCGCUUUGCAUCUUCCAGUGUCACCUCUUCUCGCCUGCAUCCUCUUACUGGCUCAUCUUGUGGGCUUCUGAAUUCUCAGUUUCCUUCAUUUUAGUGGAGUUUUGAGAAAGGAGAUCAACUCAUACACACAUUUACUAUAGGCUAUCUACAGUUACUUGCUCUUUGUGUGAGUGAAUGUCACAUGUGUACAGAUGCCACGGAGGCCAGAAGACUGUGUCAGCUCCUCUGGAUUACCUAUAGCUGGAGUUACAGGCAGCUGCAAACUUCUGUACCAAACCCAGGUCCUCUGAAAGAAUGCAAAUGCUCCUAACCACCGAACUGUCUCUCCUGCCCCUUUUUACUAUUUUUAAUUAAACGUAUUCUUUGACAGUUUCCUAUGUAUGUAUAAUGUACUCUGCCUACUCUCAUUCUGCCCUGACUUCCCUCCUUUUCCCUUGGUAGUGUCUUUGUGACUCACUGAGUCUAACUGAGGCCGACCAUGUAUAUGGAACUAUCCACUGGAAGUGCUGGGCUCCUCAGUGGGCAUAGAGCUCAAUAUAACGACCCCUCCCCACUCAGAGCCCAUCAGUAAGCAAUAGUUCCCUCGGGAAGGGAAGGGACUCAUGAACCCCUGCCAGUCCACGACUGACUGUUAACUGUAGUCUUGUGCAGGUGGUACAGGUAACUGCAGCUUCUGUGAGUUCAUGACUGUAAACUGUCAUUCUUAGCGGAGUGUCUAUCUAAUCUCCUUGUCACCAAACUCUUAGAUUUUUUUCUGUUCCCUUUGCUGAGAUGUUCUCUGAACUAUAGAUAGGUCUAUCUUUUUUAAGUAGGUUAAGGGGUUGGGACAACAGUUCUGUUGGCUUGCCUUUAAAUUUGAAACCUGAGUUUGAUCCCUAACAUUCACAUAAAAUUCCAGGACUAGUGUUGCAGGCUUCUAACCCCAGUGCUGGGGAGGCAGCAGAGACAGGAGGAACCCCUGCCUCACUGGCUGGGCAGGCUAGCCUGAUUGGUGAGCUCCAGGCCAAUAAAUCCUGUCUCAAAGGAGGUGGGUGGUAUUUCUGAGGGUGAUACUUGGGGUUGUCCUCUGGUCUCUAGAACAUGUACAUAUGCACACAUGUGCACUUUUAAAAGAUUUUAUAUAUAUUAUCUUUAUAUAAAUUUAUGUAGACUUUAUAAUAUAUCGCUAUUAACAUAUAAAACUAUAUA